AUGUCAAUCCAACAAAUGCCCGAUAAUGUAAUCUUGUUUUAUAGGGAAGAUGAUAUUCAUUAUCAAGGAGAAAAAGAUUAUUAUGGAUUUACUAACUUUUCUUCUCAUAAGAUAACUACGAGGGGCGAACAUCUUUUUAAUGCAAUGAAAUUUACCCAAGAAGGGAAUGUAAAUGAAGAACUGAUUAAAGAAGUUUAUAACCAGCCUGAUCCGAUGAAAGCCAAAAAUUUCGCGGGAAGUAAAAAUGGCAAAAUAUUAAUGGAGGUAAGAGAUGAGUUGUCAAUAAAUCAACCAAAACCCGAUCCAAAUUCGUCGCCCCAAGGCCCACCCGUUGACCCUUCGCAGCCAACUUCUCCUGAUGGCGAUCCCAACUCACCAAAUCCUAACUCAAAUUCUCCAAAUCCGCCUAGUGAUAAUAACAAAUCUCCCAAUCAAGAGGAACAAAAUAACCCUAAUGAUAAUGGCCCAACUCCUAAUCCGCCGACUAAUGGCGAUAACCAUGACCCCGAAAAAAAUAAUGAUUCUCCACUGCCGAACUCAGAUGCUGAUAUUCCGCAGAUUGACAUGUCCGGAAUAAAUAACGCAGCAACUACCGAGCAAGCCCAACAAGAAGCCCGCACACAAAUCCAAAAAUUAUUCACUCAAAGUAAAGUUAAUCCCAGCGAUUUAGACCCUGAAGAAUAUUUGCAAGGAUUAACCACUAACCAGGAAAUAGCCGAUUUUGUCCAAGAAAUGGCAAAAAAAAUCGGUGAAAAACAGUUAGCCAACCAAAACAAAAAUAAUAAUUAUUCCUCUACUUCUCCUAACAAAAACGAAAUCUUAGCCUGGUCGAUCGGUGGCGGGAUGGGUUUGGUAAUACUAAUUUUUGCCCUUCUUAUUUUUCGCCAAAAAAGAAUUAAAAAAAAAUUAUUAAAAAGGGGCUAG